UUUUUUUUUUUUCUCUACCCGCUAGACAAAGUACAAAGUUGUAUGAAAAAACCUUACGUUGAGAGGUUGCUGUUGUGUCUGAUUAUAACAUCACGACUGGACACAGAUCGCCAAAUCGGCCAUCUAAACUUUGCUAAGACGCGAUCCUGUAGACUAUCGUCUUCUAUGAGAGAAGCAAACUCAAUGAAUCAUGGGGAAGCGGAUGAUGUGGAUCGACAGUCGAUGUUCCGAAGUGCUACUCCUGGUCUGCGGUCCAAGUAUUCCUUCUAUCAUCUUCCAGGCAAGGAUCGUAUCUAUACUUUUACGGAACUGGGAAGGGAAAAAAAUUCAUCGAUCGGUCACAGAGAACAAACACGGUUGCACAUUUUUUCAGGCACACAUAUUAAGCCGCAACUUUGCAGAACAGUCUAGCACCUAGUGUUUAUCGUCAUCAUGGAACAGUUUUUGUCCCCACCCCCCAUUCCAACCCCAUCCAGAAUAAGGGAAAUUGUUCAAUAUUGCUCCAAG